GUUUAAAUUUUAAAAAUUAGUACCUACUUAAACUUUUGGUUUCAAAUUUAUGCUUAGCGUAAACGACAAAAAAAAAACGCGAUUACUACAGAGUCAUAGCAUUCUAAAAGCAUUGCAACAAAACUGGUGCAAAUUAACAUUUAAAAUGUAGAGCCAAAUUUGCAAAUAUUUCGUCACAGUUUAAAAUAGUAUGUCAUUUCGGAUGAAGAUAUAAUGCUAAGUAUCAUUAUGACUGUACAAUUUUGCAAGGCCAUUGGUAUUCAGUUUAUAAACUCUUGUAGUAGCACGCGAACGUAAUCCACACUGAAAGAACACACUAAGCGGUAAUGACAAAUCGAUAGUUUACCUUAACAAAAGUGAAUUAAACGUUAUAAAUAUGUUGAAGAGUGCGUCAAAAGUUACAAUUAAUACAGGAAAUGUUCUCAAUCUGAUUGAUAUUAAGAAAAAAGCUGGACAAAAUGUGACUGAAGAGUUGUCAGAGAGCAUUAAAUUAACGCUAUCAGAGUGGGGUACACAGAACGGACAUUCUCUGCCGAAUGGAUCGAUCGCCAACACUUCGACACAGGCAAAUCUAGUACUAUUGUCUACCGACUCCAAAACCGUCUUGAACAUCACCAGACCUCAUGAUGAUGUACAGAAUAAAAUGGCCGAGGAGGAGAGGAAGAAUCUGAAGAUAGGGGUCAAGAUAUUCAUUAAUGAAGACAGUACGGCCGAUCUGAGGGAGUGUUUGGAUAGUGUUUUCUCCGCGCUUCGAACUGAAAACAUAGAGAGCGUCAUACUGUCCUACAACCCAGAUAUAUUGCACAGAGACGACGGCAAAGACGAUAAUCAUAAAACAGCCUUCACAAAAGCCUCACCGAUAUCAUUGGGCAGCAAUGUUGCUCGCAUAUCAAGUAACGAGAUGGAGGCAGACAACGAGGCGGACGCGAGGAAAUGUGAAGCGAUAUUACCAGGGAUAAAGAUACUGUGGGCUGUGCUGGAAGAUUAUGUGAAGGAAGGGCGCGUUCUCCAGUUAGGCGUGGCGGACGUCGGAGGUGGUUGUCUUCGUAAGCUGCAUGCGUGGGCCCGCGUGAAGCCCGCCAUAGCCCAGAUCAAUCUCGCUUCGUGUUGUGUCGUACCGCCGGCGCUGCACGCCUUCUGUAAGGCCAAUGACGUGCAACUCCUCACUCACGCCGACCCGCCAGAUCUACUGACAGUCGCAGCUAUUAAAGCAGUCUCCGAGGCCGGAGGAUGUGAGACACUGGAUUGGUGUGCCAGAUACCAGGUCCAUAUAAAAUGUAGGGGAGUCCUGGCCUUGAAGGGAUACGUCUGCAAAGCGACCAUAGAUAAUAAGAAAAAAUAAAAUAUAAAUUAUAUCAUUAUACGAAUUAUGAUCUACAGACAUUUAUUAUGUACCGAGUACUUAUCAGUUGGUAUGGUUACCCUAACUAUGUGAUACAUACCGUGGAGGUAUUAAAAUAAAAUUGAAAAUCCUAUGAAUUUAUAUAAGGCUUAAAUUAAAUUAAAUUAAAUAUUAAAUUUUUUAAAAAACAAAAAAAAAUUGUAUAUUUAUACCACAUGGGCACUUUUUUUAAUUUUUUCAAUAACGUAUAAACCAGCACAGAGUAUUAUAUACGAACAAACCUAAUUUUAUUUUUAACUAGCAACACUUAAAUAUUUUGGUGUAUAUUUUCAGCAAGCCUUUAUAUAAAAAAUAUAUUAUUUAAACAUUCCGCUUCAUGUAUUAAAAUACGGUUUUUCUAAUGCAUUUCUAUUUAUUAUAAUUUUUUUUUUUUAUCCUUAUAUUGAUUUUCUGAAAACCUAAAUUAUCUCAAUACGACGGACUUGAAGUAAAAAUAUUUUUUUUUUAAUAUGACAAAAACUUAUACUUUUAUUUAUUUUAUUAUGUAAUUAAAGGUCUUCGGAUUUAUAUUUAUUUAAUACAAGUAUUGCCAUUUAAAAAAUAUUAACCCUACUUCAGGUUUAUUUGUUUUGGGAUUUGCUAUGAAAUAUAGUCUUUAUAAUAACAUUAUGUUAAAUUAAAAAUUAAAUCUUUGCUGUUUGAAAUUAAAAUUAUUAAUAAAUUAA